AUGAAGACAGAUUAUUAUGAGUUACUUGGAGUGCCGACAGAUGCUUCAGAUACUGACUUAAAGAAAGCUUACAGAAAGAAGGCUCUUCAAUUGCAUCCUGAUAAAAAUCCUGAUGAUGUUGAAGGAGCAACUGCCAGAUUUGCGUUAGUGAGGGCAGCGUAUGAAGUUUUGUCAGAUCCUCAAGAAAGAUCAUGGUAUGAUUCCCACAAAAAUCAAAUAUUGAAUGACAGCGAAGUUUAUGAUAGUACAACAGAAGACUUUAUAAUACCCAGUAUAUCAGUCGAAGAACUUUAUAGAUAUUUCAAUCCAUCCUUCUAUGGAAAAAUAGAUGAUUCUCAAGCAGGUUUCUACUAUGUGGUGGGGUCUUUAUUUGGAAGGUUGGCAUCCGAGGAGAUAAAUCAUGGAAGACAACAGGGCAUAAAAGAAUAUGAAAAUUUUCAAGACAAUGCACCCAAUGUUAACGCUUUGGAUGAUUCUGUCCUAAUGUUCCCUAAAUUCGGUACUAGUUCCACUACUUAUGCCACAGACGUGAGAAACUUUUAUAAUGUGUGGUCUUCAUUCCAAACUUGUAAGACCUUCAGUUGGAAAGAUGAGUACAGGAUAUCGCAGGCACCGGAUAGGAAAACCCGUCGUUUGAUGGAGAAGGAAAAUAAAAAAUUCAGGGAUAAUGCAAGAAAAGAAUUCAAUGAAACGGUAAGGAAUUAUGUUCAAUUCAUAAAGAAGAGAGAUCCAAGAGUCAAGAAAGGUUUGUCAGAAUUUGAAAAAGAAAAGAAAAGAAAGCAAAUGGAAGAAAUCAAUAAUCAAGUGAAAUUGAACAAGCAAGAAAGAUUGCAAAAUUUGAACAAAUUUGAAGUCCAAGACUGGCAGAAACUAUCUUUAGAAGAAUUAAAUGAGUUGGAGGAAAUGUUGGACGAGGAGUAUAACUCUGAUGACAGUGAGUUUGAUGAAUUUGAAGAACCCGAAGAGCAGGAAAUAUUCGAAUGUAUUGUCUGUGAUAAGUUUUUCAAGAGUGAAAAACAAUUGGAAAUACAUGAAAAUUCGAAUAAGCACAGAAAAGCCUUGAAUAAAUUGAGAUGGGAAAUGAGAAAGGAAGGGCAAGAGUUAGGUAUUGAUGAGUUUGAAACUGCAAGUGAGGGGGAAGAUGAUCUGGUAUCAGAUUCACUCUAUCAAGCAGUAAACAAGAAAGAUGACUCUGACUCCUCUUCGGAAGUGAAUAAUAUGAAUGGGGACAUUCAUGGAUCAUACCCCGGUGAAGAGUCACAGGAGAGUAAAUCUUCCGGAAAGCUCGAAGAAGAAGAAGAAUUAGAGUCGCCAGAAACCAAAAAACCAAAGCCAAUUAAAUCUUUUAAAAAGGCAAAAAAAUUAGACCUCAAUGAGGAAUUGGCCAAGAUCUCUUCUGAUCUUGCAACUGGAAUUACUUUGGAUGACGAUGAUGUGAAUUACGAUGAUUGGAGUUCCGGGAAGAAGAGUAAAAAAAAGAAGAAAAAGUCCCCUGCUCAAAACAUUGGUAGUUCUGUCUCUUUAUCCAGUUCUGAACCUUUAGAUACAGAGAUAUGCGAAACUUGCAAGGAAACAUUUACCUCCCGUAAUAAAUUAUUUCAACACGUCAAGGAAACAAAGCAUGCAGCUCCAAAAACGAACUCAAAGAAAAAAAACAAGAGAUAA